CCUGGGGCCGGGGCAGAGGAGGCUGGGACCAUUGCAGUGACAAUUUCUUUCCUGGUGUUGCUGCCACAGAGAAGGCCGACACAGAUUCGGAGGUCACCGGCCGGUGCGUGGGUUUGCAAGGGCGCUGGGGCUGUCCGGCCAGCUAGAGCAAGCCCAAGCACGGAAGGUAGCAGAGAGAACUCAGAGAAGGCACGGCCCGGACCAGCCCGCCGGCGCCUCCCAGCCUGGUGCCACCGUCACCAAGCGCCGGUGCCUUGCGGAGCAGCUACCGCCACCCCGGCUGCAGCGGCCACACGGAUGCCCGAGCCACGCGGCCCGUGCGGGGGCAGCCGCCGUCCCACGCGAGCUCCCGACACGCACGACUGCUGGUGAGUGGCCGCGCACGUGUGCCCGGUUGGCCCCCGUGGUGCGUGGAGACGACUGCUGGCUUCCUGUCGCCCUGCAGUCCCCGCCCCCAUGCGCCCCUCUCCGCCCUAGGGUUAGUUUCUUGCUAGGGAAAGCAGGGACGGUGGUUCCUGGCCUCCCGGAGGUGACCUGGCCCCGGAUAUGCGUGCUUUUCUGGUUCAGAUUUGGGAUGCAACCUUGCUGAUGAUGUCAGAAUUCUGAGAGCCCACCUCACUGGUUUUGCGUGGGGUUUCACGUCCGCUGCGCUGGAUGUCAAGGAGGGAGGGGCGAGAACUGAUGAAGUGAUCGAGAAGAAAGAGGGAGGACCUUGUCUUUGCAGACAGGACAGCAUGGAGCAGCCGUUUACAGUGAACUCACUGAAGAAGUUAGCCGCUAUGCCUGAUCAUACAGAUGUUUCUCUAAAUCCGGAAGAGCGGGUCCGUGCCCUAAGCAAGCUUGGUUGUAAUAUCUCCAUUAAUGAAGACAUCACCCCACGCCGUUACUUCAGGUCUGGAGUGGAAAUGGAAAGGAUGGCAUCCGUGUAUUUGGAAGAAGGAAACCUGGAAAAUGCCUUUGUUCUUUAUAACAAAUUCAUAACCUUGUUUGUAGAAAAGCUCCCCAGCCAUCGAGAUUACCAGCAAUGUGAAGUACCGGAGAAGCAGGAUAUCAUGAAGAAACUGAAGGAAAUUGCAUUCCCAAGGACAGAUGAGUUGAAAAAGGACCUGCUAAGGAAAUAUAACAUAGAAUACCAAGAGUAUUUGCAAAGCAAAAACAAAUAUAAAGCUGAAAUUCUCAAAAAGUUGGAACAUCAGAGACUGAUCGAGGCGGAGCGCAAGCGCAUAGCUCAGAUGCGCCAGCAGCAACUAGAAUCCGAACAGUUCCUGUUUUUCGAAGAUCAACUCAAGAAGCAGGAGUUGGCCCGGGGCCAGAUGCGAGGUCAAGACACCCCGGUGCUGUCUGAGCAGACUGACGGAAGCGGGCUGUCCUGCUUUUCCACCCACCAGAAUAACUCUCUACGGAACGUAUUUGCAGAUCAGCCUCUUAAAAGUGAUGGCAGCGAUUUUGCUGACCACUCUCCUCCAGUGAACAGGGCCUUAAAGCCAGCGGCCACUCUGAGUGCUGUUCAGAAUUUAGUGGUUGAAGGACUGAGGUGUGUUGUUUUAUCAAGAGAUCUUUGCCAUAAAUUUCUGCUGCUGGCUGAAUCUAACACAGUAAGAGGAAUAGAAACCUGUGGGAUCCUGUGUGGCAAACUGACACAUAAUGAAUUCACUAUUACCCAUGUGAUCGUGCCAAAACAGUCUGCGGGCCCAGACUAUUGCGACGUGGAGAAUGUAGAGGAAUUGUUCAGUGUCCAGGAUCAACAUGGUCUCCUCACACUUGGAUGGAUUCAUACACACCCCACGCAAACUGCGUUCCUGUCCAGUGUGGAUCUUCACACUCACUGUUCCUAUCAGCUUAUGUUGCCGGAGGCUAUUGCCAUUGUGUGUUCCCCAAAGCAUAAAGACACAGGCAUUUUCAGGCUCACCAAUGCAGGCAUGCUCGAGGUUUCCAGUUGUAAAAAGAAAGGCUUUCAUCCUCACACCAAGGACCCCAGGCUGUUCAGUAUAUGCAGCCAUGUGUUAGUAAAAGACAUAAAAACAACUGUGUUGGAUCUGAGGUGACAUAUUGCAGACACAAGACCAUCCUCACCAGAUAGCUGCCAUAGAUACGUGUGGCUGCUGAAUUUCUUAUGAUGUUUCCAGAAGUGACUGAUAUUUUAUAUUUAUAUAUUUUAGACUAAAACUUUGAUAUUUAUUGUUCUUGCACAUUUGAAGUUUCCUUUUUGGGUUGCUGUGUCUCAAAGGAGGUCACAUGCUGUUCAAUCUAUACCUAUUAAUGUACCCAAAUAAUAUCCUCAGAAAUAAAUUGUGCUGCAAAUAACAA